AAUUGUACGAACGAAGUGACGAAUUAGUUUUUUUUCACGAAUUUUAUUUUUCUGCUUCGUGAAAGUUACAAUUUUCAAUUUCUGCUGUGUUCAAAUUAAAAUUGUGAAAUAUCCCCAAAAAUAUUGCAACACGAUGGCAGAAGGAGGUGAUAAAAAUAAAAUUGUUGUGACUGUUAAAACACCAAAGGACAAGCAGAACAUCGAAGUCGAUGAAGAUGCCGAAAUCAAAGAUUUCAAAAUCUUGGUUGGGCAAAAGUUUGAAGCUGAUCCCGAUCAAUUAGUUUUGAUUUUCGCUGGAAAAAUUAUGAAAGACACCGACACCCUCAAGACGCACAACAUCAAAGAUGGCUUAAGUGUGCAUUUGGUGGUGAAGACCCCGACAAGGCAGCAAGCCGCUGAGCCUCGUCCCCAGGCAGAUGUUCGCCAGACACCAUUCGGCUUGAAUCAACUAGGCGGUCUGGCAGGGAUGAACGCCUUGGGUGCUGGCUCUAACACCUUCAUGGACUUGCAGGCUCGCAUGCAAAGUGAGCUGUUGAACAACUCAGACUUGUUGAGCACCCUACUGGACAACCCUAUGGUCCAACAAAUGAUGAACAACCCGGAAACUAUGCGAACACUUCUAUCAUCGAAUCCACAGAUGCAGGACUUGAUGCAAAGGAACCCGGAAAUCUCACAUAUGUUGAACAAUCCGGAGUUGUUGCGCCAGACUAUGGAAUUGGCUCGCAAUCCGUCGAUGUUGCAAGAGCUGAUGAGGUCCCACGACCGGGCUAUGUCUAACCUGGAAAGCGUCCCUGGAGGCUAUAACGCUUUGCAGAGAAUCUAUCGUGACAUCCAGGAGCCCAUGUUAAAUGCAGCUAGUGAAUCGUUUACUAGGAACCCCUUCUCGGGACUUGUAGAGAACUCCUUAGGUGAAAAUCCUCAACAAGGUACAGAAAAUCGAGAACCCUUACCUAAUCCCUGGGGAGGUGCAAACAACCAAAGCGGUGGACAAACAGGCGGAGGGGCAAAUACUACUGGACUACCAACAGCAGGACUCCUCAAUACCCCGGCUAUGCAAAGUUUAAUGCAACAAAUGAGCGAUAGCCCUCAAAUGAUGCAGAGUCUGCUUAAUGCCCCAUACACUCGUAACAUGAUGGAAGCUAUGUCUGCUGAUCCUGAUAUGGCAGCACGCAUUAUUAACACAAGCCCAAUGCUUGCUAAUAAUCCGCAAUUGCAGGAACAAAUGCGAACUAUGAUGCCACAAUUCCUACAGCAAAUGCAGAACCCUGAUGUUUUAUCAAUGAUGACUAAUCCUCAAGCGCUAAAUGCAAUUCUUCAAAUUCAACAAGGAAUGGAACAACUGCGUGCCGCAGCACCAGGUGUCGUUGGUUCGAUGGGUAUUCCGCCACCACCACCAGGUUCAAAUACUCCAAAUACUACAACAACCAAUUCGCCGACAACACAACAAACCGGCACCGGCGGAACUAAUACCACAGCUCCUCCAGCUGCCGAUCCCCAAUUGUUUAAUGAAUUUAUGUCGAGAAUGAUGAAUGGCAUGUCGAGCGGUGCUAAUACAAAUCAACCGCCAGAGGAAAGAUACUCUUCACAACUAGAACAGCUAACUGCUAUGGGAUUUGUCAACAGAGAAGCUAAUUUACAAGCACUCAUCGCAACGUUCGGUGAUAUAAAUGCAGCUGUUGAACGACUUCUUGCGUUAAAUCAAUUAUCCUUAAGUUAACGUCAUUAAUUGUAAGCUCUUUGAAGUUUAUAUAACUUUACAUUUUAAUUUGACUUAACAAUAUGUUGCAUUGGUCAUAUUUUUUACAAAUAUAUUAAAGUAUUUUUUGUUGCAUCUACUUCUACUUUCUACAUACUUAUAAAAUACAACAAAUACAAACAAAAAUAAAUAAAUUACCGCUAUACGAAUGGUUAUAUAAAAAUCAUAUACCUACAUACAUUUAUUUUUGCUUUAAAAUUUCAGGCUGGCGAUUGCAACAAUCAAAAUUAAGAGCAAAACAAAAAUUUAAUUCGUUGCACAAGUAACAAACGAUGAAAUACAUUUUUAUCAAAGGGUUUAAUUUUAUGAGCUUAUUUUGGUUAUAAUUAUUAUUAAUAAUAUAAUAUUUUACGGUAUAAUGAAUAAUGAGAUAAAAGCAGAAAUAUAUAGAAAUAUUAUCUGUGCUAAAACUAAAAGUAAUUGCAAUGUGUUAUUUUGUAAUUUGCAGUAUGUUUCAAAAAUUUAGUGUGGAUUAAAAAAAAAAGAAAAAUUUAAAUAAAAUGGAGUUAUUUCUCUUUCAAAACAAAUAACCACUACCUUUAUUAUUUUUGCUUUGAUCUUCAUUUUCAAAUGAAACAAUUAUGGUAAAUCUUUUUCUCUGUGUAAUAUAUAUAUAAAACUAAUAUUAUAUGUCAUUCCAGGAACAAAAAAAUUGUAAAAACAAAACAAACGAUUUUAUUGUUAACACGCAUCAGCGAAAUUGAUUAUGAAAUAUAUUUCGUUUAUUUUCAAAUAAAAUAAAGACAUAUAUAAAAUUAAAAUAUAA